AAUGAGUGUCUACAAUUCGGAGACGUCUUUCUCAUUAGAGAGAGUGAUUGGGAACCACAGUCUCUAGUAAACCAACCAGUCAACAUGGCAACCCCCCUUCCGCCUCACCAGUCCGAUUGAAUCCUCUCUCUCUUUCUUAUCACAUACGUACCAGAUCCAAUCUCAGAAAGCUUUAAUUUACUCACACUUUCUUAAUGUUAAUGGUAGAUUCAUAUAUGAAACUGGAAAAAUCUCGCCGGAAUUUGCUAAUUUCUCAUUAGAAGUGGUUGCUGCUGGUAUGUGCAUGCGAUUGGUUCUAUAAUCUUCUUUGGUUAAUUUCGAGACGUAUUUCGGUCUAAAGAGAUAUCUAGAAGGAGUUUGAUCAUGGCCGUUGCUCUUGCUCAACCUUACCAUGGAUUAAAAGCGAUGCUGCAGUCUGCUGUACAAUCUGUUCAAUGGACCUACAUUAUUUUCUGGCAGCUUUGUCCUCAACAACGGGUUUUAGUAUGGGGAGACGGGUACUACAAUGGCGCAAUAAAGACCAGGAAGACGGUGCAGUCUGUGGAAGUUAGCACGCAGGAGGCGGCUUUGUGUAGAAGCGAACAGCUCAGAGAGCUCUACGAUUCAUUGGUUGCCGGUGAACAGCAGGCGACGGAGAACCAGCAGCCCACGAUACGGCGGCCGGCGGUGGCAUUGUUACCGGAGGAUCUCACGGAGGCUGAAUGGUUCUACCUCGUUUGUGUCUCGUUCUCUUUUCCUCCAGGCGUCGGUCGGAGAGGCAUAUGCAAACAGCAAUAUCUAUGGCUCACAGGUGCAAACGAAGUCGAAAGUACAGUUUUCACAAGAUCUAUCCUUGCCAAGAGUGCUGAUAUACAGACUGUUGUAUGCAUCCCACUACUGAAUGGAGUUGUUGAACUUGGCACAACUGAAAAGGUGGAGGAGGGUGUCAACUUAAUUGAACACGUGAAAUAUUUCUUCAGGCCCGAAAACGACAAGUCAAUUCUCCCGCUUCCUAGACCCGCCCUUUCCGCCCAUUCUUCCAACACCAGUCUUCUUUCCCCUCACCAGUUCAAACCUUUUGACAACCUAUAUUCAGUGGAUGCAUACGCCGAUGAUGAUAUUGAGAAUGAAGAAGAUGAUGAUGAUGAGGAGGAAGAAGGAGAAGAAGAAGAUGAAAAUGAGUCCGAUUUUGAGGCAGAAACGGAUCAUAUUUCUAUUGUUCAAGAACCUCAUGAUGAAGAUAGCAUCGUGAUGGAGGCGAAUGAACUACAACUUGAUAUGUCUACAGAUAUAAGCCAAGAUCAUGACUCAAGUAGAGCUAUGUCAAAUGCUUUGGAGCUGCACAGCCCAUCCACCAUUCAUUUACAAGGAUCACGAGAAAUAGGACAGGAGGACAGUCAUUACUCCCGUACAGUUUCAACCAUUCUCCACAAACAACCAAGUCAACUGAGUCAAUGGCACGACUCACACUCAGCAUCACGCCACAACUCAACAUACACGUCCACCCAAUCAUCCUUCACCGCCUGGGUAUCAAAUCACCAUCAUCACACGGCGGCGGCUAGAUCUAACUCACAGUGGCUCCUAAAGUACAUCAUCUUCACCGUACCUUUCCUCCACUCCAACAACAACAACAAGUCCACCGAAGGUGACGCCUCGGUGUCCGUCGCAUCUCGUAUACGGAAAACGACAUCGCAUGAAGAGCUCAGUGCCAACCACGUCCUCGCAGAGCGACGUCGCAGAGAGAAGCUAAACGAGCGGUUCAUGAUUCUUCGAUCGCUGGUACCAUUGGUUACUAAAAUGGACAAGGCGUCGAUCCUUGGUGACACCAUCGAAUACGUGAAGCAACUUCGUAAGAAGAUUCAAGAUCUGGAAGCACGUGAUCAUCGUCAGGACACGUUGGAUACGUCAAAGAGGAAGAUCCGAGUAGUAGACGCCGGAAGUACUGGUGGCGGAAGGAAGACGGCGAGGGCGGUGCAGGUAGAGGUGUCGAUAAUCGAGAGUGAUGCGUUGGUGGAGCUGCAGUGUCCGCACAGAGAAGGGCUGUUGCUGGAUGUCAUGAAGAAGCUAAGGGAACUUGGAGUGGAAAUCACCACCGUUCAAUCUUGUUUGAACGAAGGAACGUGUACGGCUGAGAUGAGAGCCAAGGUGAAUGGUAAUAACGGAAAGAAAAUUAGUAUAAUGCAAGUAAAGAAAGCCAUUAAUAAGAUAAUAUCUCCCUUGCUACUCACACAACGACUAUACAUAUGUUAGUGUAUGUUAAGGUAAACCGAAAUAUGUUACUUUUGUAUUUAUCAGUACUUAAUGAUAGGUUCUGUGUCCAGUCCUAAUUAGUUAGGUUAGUAUUUCAAUUAUAUUGUAAUCAAUUUGUACACUCUCUUCUUCAAUAGAAAAAAAA